UCCGGUUCGAAUCUUCCGCUCCUUUCAAUCCCCGCAGCCCACCUUGAGAAAUCCAUCGGCGUUCCGUCGUCAGUUGCGCGGUCCGUCCGAGCGAGGAUGCGGUAGGCUGUCCCCACCCUUUCGGCGACAUCGUUGCUCCUCGAUCGGCUCCUUCGGUUCGCUUCAACUUUGGGGAUUGCCUUGUUUCGUGCGUGCGUGCAGCGCGUGUGUGAGCGCGCGCGCGUCAAGAAGCCGACCGAGACGACGUGGAGGAGAGAGAGGAGCGCGGAGGGGCAGACCCGGGAGAAGGCUCCAUGUUUCAGCUGCCCAUCUUGAAUUUCAGCCCCCAGCAGGUCGCCGGGGUGUGCGAGACUCUGGAGGAGAGCGGCGACGUGGGCCGCCUCGGCCGCUUCCUGUGGUCGCUGCCCGUCGCCCCGGCGGCCUGCGAGGUGCUCAACAAGAACGAGUCGGUGCUUCGGGCCCGGGCCGUGGUCGCCUUCCACACCGGCAAUUUCCGCGAACUCUACCACAUCCUGGAGAACAACAAGUUCACCAAGGAGUCGCACACCAAGCUGCAGGCGCUGUGGCUGGAAGCGCACUACCAGGAGGCCGAGAAGCUGCGAGGACGCCCGCUGGGGCCGGUGGACAAGUACCGGGUGCGCAAGAAGUUCCCGUUGCCCAGAACCAUUUGGGACGGCGAGCAGAAAACCCACUGCUUCAAGGAGAGGACCCGCCACUUGUUACGAGAAUGGUACUUGCAGGACCCAUAUCCCAACCCCAGUAAAAAGCGGGAGCUUGCUCAGGCUACUGGACUUACGCCCACACAAGUAGGAAACUGGUUCAAAAACCGAAGACAAAGAGACAGAGCUGCGGCGGCCAAAAAUAGGCUCCAGCAGCAGGUUUUGUCCGGCGGCUCCGUUCGCUCCCUGGCCGACGAGGACGGCACCGUGGACCGCCUGGGCAACGCGUCCAGUCCUGAGGCGAGCCUUUCCAGCAAAGCGGCGGCCUCGGCCAUCUCCAUCACCUCCAGCGACAGUGAAUGUGACAUCUGAGCGCUCUCAACUCUUGAUGAAUGGAUGCAGGAAGGGAAAGGAAAGAGGGAAAGACAAUCCAAAUCCGACCACUCAUACAGUGCCUGCGUUGAGUUACACAUACACGUACAAGUACACGCACAUUACACACACGGAUAUCUGACGCCUGCCAAAAACAUGCGAGGAUCUGCGAGGCCUAUACUUUUGAUUUGCAUUUGACCCACGCGUGGAGACCCCGACCUAACACACAGAUGACUUCUAACUCCCCCGUUCAGAUGAAAAAAAAAAAAGGUAUAGCGAGCGCCUAUAUAACCCACGCUUCAUCCGUGGGUAUUUCAUGUUGACAAAGAACUGUGCUAUUUUUACGUUUCUUUCGGUUAUUAUUUUUUUUAUAUAAAUAAUGUUUAUUUGCCUAUUUAAAGCAUCUGCUUUGUCUUUUGGAUCUUCAUUCGCUUGGUGUUUUUUAAUACUUUGUGCACAGGUGAACCUGUUGAGCAUGCGCGCUUUAGUGACAUUGUGUUUCAAGUCAAAGGGAAAAACAAGUAACUUAAUAAAAUCAUUGUGGAUCGAG